AGUCAUUCAUUUAUCUUUAUAUUGUUGAGGAUUUAUAUCUUGUGUAAAUUUCUUUAUCAUUUUGCGAAACAAGUGUUUCGAAGAUGGGGUGAAAAAAACUUUAAAGAGGUAAAGCAAGUUUAACAGUUUAUUUCAGUGGUGAUACUUUAACACAGAACACUUAUUGACAUAGGUUUUGGUAUCAUUUCCAUAGUGAAAGCCUAUGGGCAAGAUUGUGAAUAAGUCAACUAUCACAUUUUGAUACCUUCCACCUAUUUUCCACUUGGUGUUCUUAAUUUGUGUAUUUUAUAAAUGAGAAUGAAUUGUUAUGUCCUUCUCAUUGCACUAAGUUAACAAGAGGAAAAUACACCUCAGCCUACUUCUCAGGAUUCUCUUUAGAUCAGAUUUUACAAGGUUCUUAAAGAUUUUGUUCAGUUUGAAGACUUUUUCCAUGUCCUGCUUCUGCCUCUAUGUACUUCAACUUGGUGGCCUUGAAAAUCUCAGUGGCUUCCCGACCUAUUUAAAGCAUAAUCAUAUAUUAAAGUCAGGUCCUGGUGGAAGGUUAGGUUGAUGCCUGAAGAAUGAAAUAUGUGCAUCAAGCGUUACUAAGAUCUAUAUCAAUGACAGACAUGGAGUCUAAUGUCACACUAUAGGUUAUUGUCCAAAACCAAUAAAAUAUGACAUCAAAUAAAAUGUCAUUUCAAGUGUUGUAAGUGGCAUUUGUGAACUAGGCAGUUACAUGUUUUAACACAAAAUUCCAAUGUGCUGUUUUAGUGGUGCAGCCAUGUGAAGUGUGUCUGUGGGCUCUCCAAGUGGGAUACUGGGGAUGCUGGCAUUAUGAAACGAUCAUUCCGUAUGCUCAAGUCCUAGACCAGUAGUUCACUCUACUUAUUGGGUCUGCUGAAAAAUUCAGUUAGAAAUAAUCUAAUCUGGUAUUAACUACUUCUCUACCCUUUGUGUAACAUUUCAGUAAAGCCCAAUGUAUCAAUUGAUUAGCAUCAGGAAGGGGAUGAUGACAAGGUAAUCUUGUUUACUGGGACCUUUGGAGAGUUAAUUAAAACAGCAUUUUUUCUAGCAUAGCGUUGUGUUUGGUGGUAUUUUGCCUAUAAAGGGCUGUGCAAUAGUGUGGGAGUAUAUUUCAUAUAUUCUGCAAUGUUCAGAUGUACAAUCACUUGGGGAGAAGACAAUGUUAUUGACACUUUGUGAAACAGAAAUGUGAUUAUCAGGUAUUUCAAAAAAGAAAAUCUCCCAACCAAAUUUAUUAGAUGCUUUAAAGUAUUUUUAAACAAAAGGGAGAAAUCAUUACUAAACUCAGCGAGCUAUUAUGGAUAAACUUUUGUAGGGUCUAUUUCCUUCAAUUGAGGUCUUCGUGGAAUGUUACAUAAGUGCAGAAGUGAGAACCAUUGCAGUAGACUGCACUUAGUGACUUUGUGUUGCAAGGCAAAAUAUUAUUCCCCUGGUAACUUUGAAGACUGAUGCUACCUUUUGUAACCAGGAAACUAAUUGUGCGAUGAGGAAGAGAGGGAUAGGCUAACUCGUUUCUGGCUACGUCACUUCCUUAACUGAGAUAGCGUAAGUGAAAAUCAGGUAAUAUUACCAUAAAGAAAUCACUGAAACUAUUUUGGAAGAAGAGUAGAGUUUGGAUAUAAGUAUAAAUUGUGCCCUUUUUAAGACAUAAUUUCAGCAUUACAGGUGCUUUCUGAAAAAAUAGAAAUGAAUCAGCAUAAAGUUACCCAAAAAUUAAAGAAAAACAAGAAGAAAAGUAACAAAGAAAGAGGGAUAAAACUUUAUCCAAUGUAUUGCUAAUUAAUAAGUGUUCAAAAUUACUGUACUCUGAGAUCGUUUAGGCCACAUUUGUGUUAUAGUCAUCUUUCUAUUACGAGUGUGGAUUUGAAGAUUGGAAAUGAUUAUGUCAACAUAUAGAUGUUUAUGUAUUAAAUAUACGUGAUUUCUCUAAAAACCUGGAAAGUUGGGAUAUGGACGUUUCUAACAGUAGAAAUUAAACGUUAUUAAAUAUAUAGACGUAUAAAAAUAGUUUGUUCAGUUAGGCACACGGUUAUAAUUAUCCUAGCUGGUUCCACUGCAGCAGCAGAGGCUGCAGUGUCCUAGUGCAGACUCUGGGCGCCGCUGUUGGCCAAAGUGGAGAGCUUGGAGCUACUGAUCUCCUUGCGCAGCCGCAGCGUACUUGCCCCAGCUCAGACUCGCUAGUGCGAGCCUUUACACCGCUUCUUCCUCUGGAAAAGGAGAAACUCUGACCACUACGAAGGAAAUAAAGCCUGUUCGGAGCUCCGGACAUCUGCAACGCCGAGAUUAUUUGUAAUCUGGCGUCUCCAGGCCGGUGAGCAAACUAAGGGGAGCAAGAAGGAUGGGGAGCGGCGCUGGGGAGAAAGGCUGGGCUGAGAGGCGAUCGGUGCUCUUUCCCUUCCUGCUGUCUUUGUUCUGCCCGGCGGCGCUCUCUGAGCAGAUCCGCUACAGGAUUCCCGAGGAAAUGCCCAAGGGCUCGGUGGUGGGGAACCUCGCCAAGGACGUGGGACUGAGUGUCCUGGAGUUACCAACUCGAAAACUGCGCGUCAGUUCGGAGAAGCCUUACUUCACUGUGAGCGCAGAGAGCGGGGAGUUACUUGUGAGCAGCAGGCUAGACCGGGAGCAGAUAUGCGGGAAGAAGCCAGCUUGUGCUCUGGAGUUUGAGGCUGUUGCUGAAAACCCAUUGAACUUUCAUCACGUGAAUGUGGAGAUCGAGGAUAUUAAUGACCACACGCCAAAAUUCAUGCAAAAUUCCUUUGAGCUGCAAAUAAGUGAGUCCACAAAGCCUGGGGCACGGUUUAUUUUAGGAUCUGCCCAUGAUGCAGAUAUUGGUACCAACUCACUACAGAAUUACCAGCUCAGUCCUACUGAUCAUUUCUUACUCGUGAAUAAAGAGAAAUUAGAUGGCAGUAAAUACCCGGAGCUGGUACUGAAGAUGCCUUUAGACCGGGAAGAGAAGAGGUCCUACCACUUAAUCUUGACUGCCUUGGACUUCGGGGAUCCACCCCUAAGCAGCACUGUACAGAUACAGGUCCUAGUGACUGAUGCCAAUGAUAACCCUCCAGUGUUCAGCCAGGAACUAUACAGGGUGGGCCUUCCAGAAAAUGUGUUCCCAGGCACCACUGUGCUUCGAGUGUCGGCCACCGACCAGGAUGAGGGUGUCAAUGCCGAGAUCACUUUCUCUUUCACUGAAGCAGGCCAUAUCACCGAGUUUGACCUGAAUUCUAAUACUGGGGAAAUUACUAUUCUAAAUACGUUAGAUUUUGAGGAAGUCAAAGAAUAUUCCAUAGUUUUGGAAGCAAGGGAUGGUGGAGGAAUGAUUGCGCAAUGUACCGUGGAGAUAGAAGUCCUAGACGUAAAUGACCAUGUCCCAGAAGUAAUAUUCCAGUCUCUGCCAGAUCUUAUUAUGGAGGACACCAGUUUGGGAACACACAUAGCUUUGCUCAAAAUCCGUGACAAGGAUUCUGGACACAAUGGAGAAGUUAUUUGUAAAUUAGAAGGUGUAGUUCCAUUUAAACUACUCUCUUCUUCAAGAAACACGUAUAAGUUAGUGACAGAUGGAGUUCUAGACCGCGAGCUGACCCCUGAGUACAAUGUGACCAUCACAGCCACUGACAGGGGCAAGCCGUCCCUAUCCUCCAGCACUACCAUCACCCUGCACAUCGGAGAUGUAAAUGACAACGCGCCGAUUUUCGAUUUCGAACAGGCCUCCUACCUGGUCCACGUGGCGGAGAACAACCCUCCUGGAGCUUCCAUCGCGCAAGUCAGCGCCUCCGACCCCGACCUGGGACCCAACGGCCGCGUCUCCUACUCCAUCUUGGCCAGCGACCUGGAGCCGAGGGCGCUGUCGUCCUACGUGUCGGUGAGCGCGCAGAGCGGGGUGGUGUUCGCGCAGCGCGCCUUCGACCACGAGCAGCUGCGCGCCUUCGACCACGAGCAGCUGCGCGCCUUCGAGCUGACGCUGCAGGCCCGCGACCAGGGCUCGCCCGCGCUCAGCGCCAACGUGAGCCUGCGCGUGUUGGUGGGCGACCGCAACGACAACGCGCCCAGGGUACUGUACCCGGCGCUGGGGCCCGACGGCUCGGCGCUCUUCGACACGGUGCCGCGCGCCGCGCAGCCUGGCUACCUGGUCACCAAGGUGGUGGCGGUGGACGCCGACUCGGGACACAACGCCUGGCUGUCCUACCACGUGCUGCAGGCCAGCGAGCCAGGACUCUUCAGCCUGGGGCUGCGCACGGGCGAGGUGCGCACGGCGCGUGCUUUGGGCGACCGGGACUCAGCGAGACAGCGCCUGCUGGUCGCUGUGCGUGACGGGGGACAGCCGCCUCUUGCGGCCACCGCCACGCUGCACCUGGUUUUCGCUGAUAGUCUACAAGAGGUCCUGCCAGACCUCAGCGACCGCCCGGUGCACUCUGACCCCCAGGCUGAGCUGCAGUUUUAUCUGGUGGUGGCUUUGGCCUUGAUCUCCGUGCUCUUUCUCCUGGCAGUUAUUCUGGCCAUUGCCCUGCGCCUGCGACGUUCCUCCAGCCCCACUGCCUGGGGCUGCUUUCAGCCUGGUCUCUGUAUCAAGUCCGGACCUGUGGUUCCCCCCAACUACAGCGAAGGGACUUUACCUUAUUCCUACAAUUUGUGCAUUGCCCAUACUGGAAAGACAGAGUUCAAUUUUCUAAACUGUAAUGAGCAGUUGAGUUCAGGAGGAGACAUACUUCGCAGUGAUUUAUCUGGGGCCUUAUUUCCGCUUUGUAAUUCCAGUGAGUCAGCCUUCCAUCAGGUGAGUUUCCUUUAAGCAUAACCUGCUUCUUAUGGUCUACCCAGUUCUCCAUAUUCACAUGAAAACAUACAAUUUUUAGAUUCAAAAGUUGUUUUUAAGAAAGCUGUAGCCAGUCAAAGAGCUGUUAUACCAUUCUUCAAGGGAGGUUGAAGUAGGAGCAAUUGUGUUUCUUUAGGGGUGUUUUACCAGACUCAGCUUUACAAAGCAGUGAGGGUGUGGUUUUAUCUACAAAGGGAAACGGACAAUAUUAAAGGCUCUCGCAUAAAAGCUAAUGAGAUUUUUCCCUAAAAUUUUCUUCCUAUUGCUUAAUAUAUGAUGAUUUUUUUUUCAGUUUGAACAUGCUGUAAAUGUAAAAGUAGGCAGUCAUUUAAAUGAACCUUUAAAGCAAAAAAUUUUUAACUAAAUCUUAACUGAUUUAACUGUUAUGGUUUCCAUACUAAUCUGAUGUUUCAUUUCUUAUAUUUACCUCCCUUUUGUUUCAAAGCUCCUAGAAUAAGGUAUUUUAACCUGGAUUUUUAUGUAGAUGGAUUCAUUGUAAUUGUGUGCAAUGGACUGUGUGGGUGUGUAAAAUCACUUGAAUGAGCAGUAGGUCCCUCAUCAGAAGAUAAAAGUGUAUUCUCCUUACUUGCUGCAUAGGAUUUCAGGGUUAAUCUGUAUUCAAGCACAUUCUGUAGGCUCCUCCAUCAAAGAAAAGACGUUUUUGCCUCUGUUGCUCCUCUCACACACCUUGUGUAUAAUUUUUGAACUGUCUUUUUUUGCAGCCCUAAACUAAUAAAGCUAGAGGUCUUCUAGUCAUUCUACUAUCUCUGGGAGAAAAAUAGAGCCUUGAAUUCUUCAAAUUUUAGACAAAAUUGCCAGUCUGAUGUGCAUACAAGUAUAUACACAAAAUGAUAAUACAUUGUAUUAGCUUUUGCUAGAUUUCCUGUUAGUAACUGCUUCCUUAUGUGUUCCUUACUUUUUUGUGAUUCUUUUGGUCAAAGUACUAACUAAGGUAAAAAUAACUUUAGAAUGUAUGUCUAUCUUAAGAAGUUAAUUAAGUCUACUUUAAAAUGUAAUCAUCUCAUUGGUGGAAGAAUGGGAUGGAG